GGACUACAAAUGGACAAGCACGGCUGUCGCCCGCCAGUUAGCGGCUCCGGUGCGAAGCGGCCUCGGUUCCUCAGGCGUGCGGGCGUAACGCGGGUGGGCCUGGAAGGCCGGACAAGCGGGCGCGCGGGCUACGGCGGCCGGCGUGGGGCGGCCGCAGCCGUUGCUGAGCGUUGGGAGGUGGGGUCGCGGGCCUCUGGCGCUGCAAGCCCGGCGGGCCACGACUUGGCCGCAGCAGGGUGCGCGCUGAGGCUAUGGGCGACCGCAGCGGCGCGGGCGGCUCCCGGCGCCGGAGGACGGGGUCGCGGCCAUUGAGCCACGGCGGCGGCGGGCCUGCAGCGGUGGAAGAGGAGGCGCGGGACGCGGCAGCAGGCCCCGACGUGGGUGCUGGGGGGGACGCCCCGGCCCCGGCCAAGGACGGAGACGUCAAUGUGGGCAGCAGCCAAUUGGAGCUGAGGUGCCAUCGCCUGCAGGAUUCUUUGUUCAGCUCCGACAGUGGCUUCAGUAACUACCGUGGCAUCCUGAAUUGGUGUGUGGUGAUGCUGAUCUUGAGCAAUGCGCGGUUGUUUUUGGAGAACCUCAUCAAGUAUGGCAUCCUGGUGGACCCCAUCCAGGUGGUGUCUUUGUUCCUAAAGGACCCCUACAGCUGGCCUGCACUGUGCCUAGUUAUUGUGGCCAACAUCUUUGCUGUGGCUGCGUUCCAGGUUGAGAAGCGCCUGGCGGUGGGUGCCCUGACAGAGAAGGCGGGGCUGCUGCUGCACAUAGCCAACCUGGCCACUGUUCUCAGCUUCCCGGCGGCCGUGGCCUUGCUGGUUGAAUCCAUCACUCCAGUGGGCUCCGUGCUGGCGCUGUUGGUGCACACCAUCCUCUUCCUCAAGCUCUUCUCCUACCGUGAUGUCAACCUGUGGUGCCGCAGGGCCAAGGCCAAGGCUGCCCCUGCAGGAAAGAAGGCUGGCGGGGCUGCUGCCCAGCGCACUGUGAACUACCCCGACAACCUGACCUAUGGUGAUCUCUACUACUUCCUCUUCGCCCCUACUUUGUGUUAUGAGCUCAACUUUCCCCGCUCCCCCCGAAUUCGGAAGCGUUUUCUGUUGCGACGACUCCUUGAGAUGCUGUUCUUAACCCAGCUCCAAGUGGGGCUCAUCCAGCAGUGGAUGGUCCCUACCAUCCAGAACUCCAUGAAACCCUUCAAGGACAUGGACUACUCACGCAUCAUUGAGCGCCUCCUGAAGCUGGCGGUCCCCAAUCACCUCAUCUGGCUCAUCUUCUUCUACUGGCUCUUCCACUCCUGCCUGAACGCCGUGGCUGAGCUCAUGCAGUUUGGAGACCGGGAGUUCUACCGAGACUGGUGGAACUCCGAGUCUGUCACCUACUUCUGGAAGAACUGGAACAUCCCCGUGCACAAGUGGUGCCUCAGACACUUCUAUAAGCCCAUGGUCCGACGGGGCAGCAGCAGGUGGAUAGCCAGGAUAGGGGUGUUCCUGGCCUCGGCCUUCUUCCAUGAGUACCUGGUGAGCAUCCCCCUGCGAAUGUUCCGCCUCUGGGCCUUCACGGGCAUGAUGGCUCAGAUCCCGCUGGCCUGGAUUGUAGGCCCCCGCUUCUUCCAGGGCAACUAUGGCAAUGCCGCCGUGUGGCUGACGCUCAUCAUCGGGCAGCCAGUGGCUGUGCUCAUGUAUGUCCACGACUACUACGUGCUCAACUAUGAGGCCCCAGCAGCAGUGGCCUGACUCACUCCUCGCUGCCCAUGGCCAGAGCCAGCCCACCUUCCCGUGGGCCUUGUCAAGUGCUGCAGCUGGAGGCCUGGCUGUGUGGCAUCAUCCUCCUGCCCUGGGAGGCCUCUCUGCCCCUGUGGGGCUCCCUCCUGUACCCCUUAGGAAUGGUGGCAGCAGACCAGGCAGAUGCCAGCUGGGAGUGUGCUGACCCUGUCCCAGGGGCUGAGGGUGUCAAUAAAGUGCUGUCCAGUGAC